UCUUUUGAAAUGCCCCCCACGACCUAUGCUCCUACCAGCUACACAGCCGAAACCAGUGACUACGAAUCUGAUGAUGAUUUGAUACUUAAAAUCGACUUAAACAAUGCUGCGUCCCAUCAAGCCAUCUACACUGCUAAGCGGGCCACGACCAAUUUUCGACGGAGAGACGAGUACCGGCAGGAGAGUUUGGGGAUUGUGGCUUCUACGUUGUACCGCGAUGACGAUGGAAUGAGCCUGCGUGUCAUAACAAGUCCAAAGAAAUCGGAUCCAGACGAGCAGACAUCAACGCGUGAGCGCUGGGUGCACUUACAGACGGAAGGUAUUGACUUUGAACGUUAUGAGCAUUUUGUGAUGAACAUACUCCUUCAGCAUAAUGCUGAGCUCAUUCCCGUGGUGUUGUAUCUGUUGCGAAAAAUACGACACGAAUACGAGGAAAGCUCUGCGUAUGGCUGUUAUAUUAAACCUGGAACAACGCUUCGGUGCGACGGAAUGGACCAAAGCAAACGCGACAAGCCAGAUUUGUCUGCCAUUUUCAUGUCGGUCCCGUAUUUCGACAUUGGAAAAUGGAAGCCGCCGAAUGCACCGGAUGAAUCCUUGCACUUACCCCGCGGGUUGUUCCAGAGCUGGUACACACAGGAAGCUGCGAUGGACCGAGAUGGCGAUCAGAUGUUCCGUAAGUUCAAGGGCGUAAAAGCCCACGAGUAUCUUCGUGUUCCGCAGCUCUGGGCUCUUGUGUUGAAUUCAGAGAUCAUCAUUACCUGUGGGCCUUCAGCGUUGUCCGAUACUUUCAAGGAGCACAUUGAUUUUGUCGAAGAGGCAUCGCUUCUUUCCAAUGGGCCUAGUCUGGUGCAGAUCACAGAUUAUCAGAGACGGGUUACAUACUUGCCAAUCGCGCGGUGCAAAACUUUUCUCAACUUGCGUCAGAGUAUCAAAGAGUGCCUUGAAGAUUCGGGAAUUGAUCUUGAUGACGUUUUGCUGCACUUGGGCGAUACCACUGAUGAAAUCAAAGGGAAAGAGUGGCCAGCCAUUAUCAAAGCCGAGACGUCCGUCAUCGUACGUGUGCGGAUCAGGCUUAGAAACACCCCGGCUAUCGUGUCUUUGGAUGACAGCCGUCUUAUUGAGACUGCAGGUUUAAGCUCAGAAGAUGAAGAUGAAGCUUCCGAGAAUAAGAUGGCUCUGAUCAUUCGGGAUCCAAGCAAGGAAUGGCCUCACUCCGCAACCCAAUACGCGGCUCGCGUACAAAAAGCAGAUGCUGCUCUGAAACGGCUUGCAACAGAAGGUUAUAUAGUCAAUCAAACAGCUUCCUUGGCACCUGGUAACGAUGAGAUUGGGGCGAAACAACCGACAGUAUUUAAACGUCCAUCCAAAGUGGGAUCAAAUUCAUCUGUGGAAACGGACUCGGAGAAGCCAGAUGAUAAAGAAGAGCACUCUCGACCGAUAGAUGUUGACACGGUAUCGGCAUCAUAUUCAGAUAUUACUGGACUGAUCGCCGGAACUCAGAGCUCACAUUCAAGAGAUGAAUCCUUAGAUGAAGGCAAGCUAGAUAGCGUACCUGGCGUGCUACACGGCGACGACAAUAACGACGACCUGAGCGGCGAAGAGCGCCGCCCAAGUACAACCUCUGAAGACCAAGAGUCUUCGAGGCUAAAUAGGGCUGAGACUUUCCAGCCAACUGUGGAAUCGGAUGCUGAGGGUUCACAGAAACAUUCAAGCAUACAUGCGUGGAUUGACUCCCUCCCAGAGGAAAAGCCCAAGGAGUCUUCUAACAGGAGAAGCGAAUCUGUGGCUAGCAAGAAGACGACACUACCUAGUGUAUCAAACACCAACGAAGACAAGAUAUCUCGAGACAAUUCAGAAGUGGAAGUUACAGUAGGAGACUCCGAGAAAGGGCUGAGGCAAGUGGUAAAAGAGGAAAUCACGGCCGCUCUGAAACGAGAUGAAGAUCAAAAGCGCACUGAGGAGGAGAAGCUUGAUGCCUUGAUGCGAGAAAGGCUAGCACGGUUUGGUUUCCAAGAGAAUCAGAUCCAGGCCAUGGUGGACCCGACAAAGCAUAUCUCUGAACCUGGGAGGACUCCUGCCAACCCACUGCGCUUGAAUCAACCACCUACAUACACGAGGAUACAAAAGAAAUACCUGGACAUAGAAACCUUGAAAUACUAUGAUCUACCAUAUGAGAUCAACGUUGACGACGGCUACAUCACUAUUCUUCGAGAGAUGAGUCAGAAGGAGAGUGAGAUUUUAUUCGAGCACACACGUCGUCUGCGCGAGAGGAGAGGUGGCUUCGACAAACUGUUGAUCGAGGAGAAUGCGAAUACAAGAAGUUCAUCAGCUCCGUGGAGGAAUCUGCGCACUGCUAAAAAGUUCUCGUCUAGGAAAAAGGCGGCAAAACGGUUCGAUGAAGACUUCUACUUGGCAGAUAGAAGUAAAUCGAUCUGGGAACCAGAGUCCGGGAAGAAUUGGAGUGAUGACCAGGGGUUGGAACACAAUAAAGACACCGUCCCACCAACAGAAAACACAGACCUCAAAGCCAAUCCCGAGGUUCCACCUUUCCUUGCGUGGCCUACCACAUUCUCAGACGAAACAGAUGAAUCCACUGCAAGCAAAAACAAUGCUCUUCGUCGAAACAAUGAAGAAGACCUGACCCAACUCACGCUAGCGGCCAUCAAUAAACACAUUACCAAGACUAGGAGCGACGGCAGUGACAUUCCUAUUAGUACACAUCAUCCCUUUCUAGCUGUUUAUAAAUCGGGUGUGGCGUUCAUCGAUGUUCCGGAGCUCACGUUCAUCAGCAUGUCAUCUAAGAUGGGCCCUAUCAAUGAUUUGGCACAAGAGAAAGAGCAGCACAAGACAACAUUAUUGGAGAUGGGCGAUGAGUUCGACUUCUUUCAAACACUGAUACGACGGGAUGGUGGUGGUGAACAGGUCAACACGGCCAGCGAUGUGCCUGGAGUGUCUAAAGGCAAGCUGAAAGUUUCAGCAAAAGCGCCGCGUCGUCGUGUUGUGCAAUGGCAAUUAUCCGCACUGGUGUCAGAGCGUGACUCGUUCACAUCAACUUUGCAACAAUUGAUCGAUCAAUUUGUCCCGAGUUAUUAUCCCCAUCCGCUUCUGCGAAGGUGUUGGGGUUCAUUAGACGCAAUCAAGGAGGAAAUUGAGGGCCUCUUCGCCGAAAACGAAGCUCAUCGCCGCAAGGAGAUGAAUGAUGACUCCGCACUCAUUUAUGUUGUAAGAGACAUACCAUUCAAAGACUACUUCAGCAAAAACCAGUUGGAAGGAUUGUUGGUCGAUGUCGAUAAAUGCCCGACAUGUGUUCGAGGAACUCAGCACGCAGACAUCGAUGAUGCGUACCAACAUCUACAUCAAUCCCAUGCCAAGGGAACAGGCCCUGUAACGGAUUCACGAAGGAUUCGAUUGGGUCAUUGGUUAGUCUCCACCGCUGGCAUGGAACUUGAAAGACUAAACACCGAGAUGCUCCAGCUCAUCCAGUCGCUGCAUAAUCGCGCUCUCAAGCUACUAACCAAAUCUAUCGAUAUUCGCAACAGUGUGGUUGGCGAGAACAACGAGAAGGACCGCAAGUUCUUGCUUCCGGCUGCAUUGGUGAAGGCUGCAGAGAGGAUCUUCCAGUUCAUAUACACCGCGCUCUACACUGUUCGGUUUUUGCGGCAACAGAAACAGGGUACAGCAGCGUUGACGGGGGGACCUUCGAUUCAGACACAGGACAAUCUCGCGCUUGCAGACCAUUACGGUGCUGCAGCUGACAAUCAACUCUCCAAAGCGCAGAAUGAAUUGAUGUUGAUGGCGUACACGGGGUCUACUGACGGGACGUCGGUUGUGCAUUAUAUCACUAGCACCCCGGAAACGACAAUCUUGAUUGGCAUCUUGCAUCUCCUCACAAGGGAUGUAUAUGGGGACAGCCAAAUCCAAGAUCUCUACAGAAGCCAUCUGUCAUCCCUGCGAUACGGCGCCAUUAAAAACCCCUCGAAACGCAUCUUCCGCGAGCUUUUUCUCAUGGAAGAAGAGUUGGAAAUCGUCGAGUCGGUGCUCACCCAGCAACUCAACGCAAUGCAAGGCUUGCAGCGCCUACUCAACAACAGAAGCUACCGCAUCACAGACCGCAUGCGCGUCAACAACUUUGAACGACUCGAACAGGCCGCGUUCCGAGCCUACGAGGUCGAGCACAGAGAUGUGGGGAGAGACAUCAAGAAGAUCCAGAGCCAGAUCACCAAGACGGCCCAAGUCCUCCGGUAUAACCUGGAGAUUGCCGAAGAGGGACAGUCCAAAGCCAUUCUCGUAUUCACGCUCGUCACUAUCAUCUUCCUCCCAUUAUCGUUCGUCGCGGGUUUGUUCGGUAUGAAUACAAGGGAUAUCCGAGAUCUCGAUUACGAUCAGUCUUUGUUCUGGGCAGUGGCUCUGCCGCUCACAGCGUUGAUUGGAGGAAUAUCUCUGCUCGUUGCUUAUGGCCGGCUGGACGAGCGUUUUGAGGAGCUAAGUCAAUCUCUGCGAGAGAAGAAGGGGCAUCGGUCUCAUCUGCCUGAUCUGUCGAUCAUUCGAAGGAGUCGGGACGAGGAAGAUGUGGAUAUGAUGGAGUCGAAGGCGCUCUCGUCCGCGGGGGCUGCGAGAAGUCGUAAGACGGCGCGGCGAUCGACAAUUGUGGUGAAACCGGCGAAGAAGAGACUGCCGAAGCCGAGCAGGCGGUGA